GCGCACACAGUGGAGUCUCGCUCGUUCAGUCCAGUCAGUCGCGCUCUGUAUACCGCGUUGAUAAUACAAGCGGCUGUGCUCGUUUCGAAUAGCCAUACGCGACUUUCCCGCGACGUAACUAUUGCGGUGCCGAGUGAUGUACGUGAACAUAAAAAGUUCUUGUAAAUUUCUUAUCAACGGCAGUUUGUGACAGUGCAAAUGUCUCCAAGCUUGGAAGGAAUUAUGUUCAACAGGAACACGAACCUGUCGGCACGCCGGCCGUUGUUGGUGGACGCGCAAAAGCCUCUUGUAGUCCCUCCACGCGUGCCUCCCCGCGACACUGGUCCACAGCGGCUGUUGCCUGCAUCUCGAAACCUACCCGCCGACUAUCCCUACGAAUACCGACCGAAUUACUGGAAACCUUCGAAUGUCGAACUCGAGAAGCGAUUGCAGGAGGCGCGAGCUCGCGAGAAAGUUGGCUACUUUCAAGACAAAGUUACGCCUCCCGAGCUAAGCUUAGACCGCAGGGAAGCAGAACUCGUAUUUAAGUUCGACCCUCACGCUUCAGCGGAUUAUCUGUCAAGCCAGUAUCGAGCUCCCACAGUGCAUUAUGUGAAGCCACCGACGCCAGCAAACGGGUUUUCUAACCGUCUACCAGAGAGAGACGGCCCCUUUGUUUUCGGUGUGCAUAGUCCGAGCCAGUUCCCGAUUUCUCGACGGGAUGAUGACGACUACGAUUAUUCAGAGGUGGCAGAGGCGAAUGGCCGUCCUGUUGUUAGAGAUGAUGUGUCUGAAGAUUUAAAUUGUUGUGAUAGAGUGAACGAGUGGACAGUACGAGAUAAGAAAAGCAGGAGUACACUGAAUAGGAUGUUUCAAAUAAGAGAUAGAAGGAAGGUGAAAUGUGGAAAAAAGGGGAAGAUAAAGUGUGUGUUAGUGGGUGAUGGGGCAGUGGGGAAAAGCUCACUGAUAGCUGCAUACGCUCAAGAUACAUUUCGAGAAGACUAUGUACCGACUGCACACGACACGUUUAAUGUUGCUGUGAACGUAGACGACCGGCCGGUCUGCGUGGAAAUCUGUGAUACUGCUGGACAGGACUCAAUGUCGCCUCUCCGGUCUCUGUGCUUCCCCGGCACAGACGUGCUGAUGCUCUGUUUCUCCGUAGUGCGUCCAGAGACGUUCAAGUCGGUCGCCGAACGGUGGACGAAGGCAGUUGCUAAUGUUAACGCUCCCCUAAUCCUCGUCGGCACUCAGAGUGACUUGGCCACGGAACCACGUGUGCUGCAAUCGUUGCGAGCCCGUGGAGAACACCCAGUCACAGAGAUGGAAGCGCGCGCGCUAGCGAACAAAAUAAACGCUGUUUACAUAGAAACGUCUUCAAAAACUAGGAAACAACUAAAAGACGCAUUCGAUGCCGCCAUCUUGGCUGCUUUGCCGGUGACUCAGACCAAGAAGUCCUUUUGGAAAAAGAUGUGUUGUAUAUGAGCCAAACAUCGGCCUUUGUGGACUUUAGACAUUUCAAUAAUGAACAAUGUUUUAGUGCGUCAUUUCAAAGUAUUCUGUUGGAGAUAUAUAGAAUACUUUUAUGGACCAAAGACAGUCGAAAAGUACCUAUAGGCAGAACAAUAUUUCAAUACUUUUACAUUGCACUAUCUUUAAAAUUACUAAACUAUUAGAUUUAACUGUGUCCCGUUAAGUUUCGCAAUUUGUAUAUACUUACUUUAGAGAAGACUUGAGUAGUAAACCUUAUAUUCCAUAGUAACAAAAGAAACUAUAUACAUAAGUAUAAUGUAUUAUCUGUUAUAUCUUGUAUUGUGCUGCGUAAAGAAAAAUAAAUAUCGUACAUAAAUACUGGAUUAGGUAUCAUUUUACGCAAGUGUCUUGUAUUCUAUUUUUCUUGGUAAAGAAAAACUAUUCGACAAGUAUCUAUGAUACCAUAUUAUUUUCAAUGACGAUUUUAAUUUUAUAUUGUGCUGUAGUAACAUAACAUAUUGACUAAAAGAAAUGACUCCUUUUUUUUUAGUACGUUUGUUCCGUUGUGGAACAGGCUAAGGUUCGGAGACCAUACUGCCUAGUCUUCAAUAUGAUAAAUUGUCUGGAAUAGAAAUGACUCCAUCGCAUGUAUCAUUUAUUUUAUUUGUUUUUUUUUUAUUAGGUUUUUUUUUCAAAUGCAUAUGAAAUUACCACAACAAAAUAAAUUUUACAAACAAACAGCAAAACAAAUGGGCUGAUUGAUAUUAAGGUUUUUAAAAGACUUUAUGUGCAAGUAUCCAAUAAUUGAAUUGUGUACCUAGGUACAAAUUAAUUAUUUCUUCCGCAAAAACAGCUAGUUCACUCCUAACAAAAUUGUCAUGGGACAAACAUUCCAAAUUUCGAAAAGAAUUGUCAGAAUCGAUUUAUAAAUAGCGAAGAUGGAGUGUAAAAAUACACAUACACACACAUACAAACUCUUUAUAUUAUUUUCUAUAUAGUACACGGUAAGCUUCAAUUGUAACAUAAAUAUUACGGGAAUAAAGAUUAACAACUGUAAAAAAGAGUCGUCAAAAUAAAAAAAUAUAUAGGUGGCUAUUUGAAUUGAGAACUACCUUCUUUUUUAUAGUUGCUUAAAAAUAUGUCAAAAGCUGCUUUCAAUUAACUUUAUACAAAAAGUGCCUUAUUGUCUUACAUAAUAUGAAUUAAAUUCCUAUAGACUAUACAUAUUUCACAGAGAAAUUAAAAAUUGUUACUGUUAUAAUUAUUGUAACGUAUCAAGUGUCUUUGUGAACAAAAUACCUAUCUAUAUAUACACAUUUUAAAUCUUUUAAAUGUAAUUAUCUAAAGAUCUUGUUACAAUAUUGAAUAAAUAUUUAGAAUCUAUUAUAUAUGUAUGUGUACAUAUAUAUGGGUUAACCCAAUAGUGUCAACUCAAUCCUUCACGGGAACAUAAAAAUUGUAAGCGCAGUUGACUCCAUGAUACGAUUCUAUUUUGAUUAUAGAAAAUUUUAUUCAAAUAUAGAAAAUAUUUGAAUAAAACCGCUGAUUUAUUAAAUGAUUAUUAUAUUUACGAAGUGAAAAAUAUUAUGGGCUAUUUUUACGUUUUAUGGCACGUACACUUAAAAAUGACAAUAAGUCAAUUGGCUACAAGUGCUAUAACUUAAGGCUAUAAUUAAUCAAUUAACUCAAAUUUAUUACUUUUUCUUAUAAUUUCAAUUCAAAGAAUUAUAAAUAGAUUAUAAUAUUUGCCUAUAAAAAUUUAAAUUUUAAAUGUGCGCUUUUUUAGCGAAAACGAAUGAUACCUACCUAUACAUAAAAUUAUAUUUUUAAGGCAUUUGUAAUCUAUUUAAGCAGAUAAAAACCUAUUUUAAUGUUAAGUUAUAUGAACUAAUUCAUGUACAGUUUCUUAGAAUUUAAGGGUAAUGUUAUAUGAAUAUGCAGUUAUUUUGUUUUAUGGCCUUUAUCUGUAUAUAAUUCCGAUCCUAAUUAUGUUAAUGUUGUUUUGAUACUCAAUUCGAACUGAUAAUUAUAUUUUAUUACAAUUUA